AUGAUAUCAUCUAUCCCAGAAUUAUAUUCUCUUCACUUGUUUGAUUCUGAAAAUGUAGAAUGUGAAACAUUAGUUCCUCUAACAACGUCUAAAGUACGAACAUUAUCUGCAGAUACAUUAGUUGUUUUACCGCCAUGGUUCGAGAGAUUUUUAUCAAUUACAAGUUUCACAGUACUAUCUAGUGAAGUGUUUGACUUGUGCGAACUGAUGGAAUAUAUGCCGAUGUUAAAAUAUUUACAUGUUGAACAUUGUCGUUAUAUGGGUAAAUCAUAUCAGAAGCAGGCACGUUAUAAAACGUCUUGUGCUGUUCAUUUAAAACAGUUGAUUGUUGAUGACAUACAGUUUCCAUUUGUGGCAUUUCAAAAGCUUUUAGAGGCAACACCCAAUCUAAAACGUUUAACAAUAUCUGCAGGUAAUGAGGAGGAUAUGUUCGAUGCGUGUCAAUGGGAACAUUUGAUUUCAUCUUCAUUACCUCACUUAGAGAUUUUCAAAUUUCAAUUCGGAUGCGAUCGUGAAUAUUUUAAGAAUGACAUUAUAAAUAUGUUAGAACAAUUUCAAACUGAUUUUUGGCAUAAACAACAUAAUUGGUAUACAGAAUAUUUAUUAACAAAAUAUUCAAUAUUUAUUUAUACGACAUCUUAUACAUCAAAUAAGGAUCGAUUAUUAAUAUAUACCGAUGGGUAUAUUUAUAUUAAUUCAAGCACAUUUGAUAGUGUGGCAGAUUUAACAGUGCGACAACAAGAAAUAGAACAAAAAUGCCAAUCUUGUUUUAGGAAUAUAAUUUCAUUCGAAUUUAUUACUACAGAAAGCAAACAAAAUAAUCCUUUAAAAACAAAACAUAUUGAAAUUCUUAAAAAAAUGAUUAGUUUGUCUAAUUUGAAUUAUUUAAAAGUUUCAUCUAACUGUAAAAUAGAAACAUCGUCAGUAUUAUUACAAAUAUUAAAGGAAGCAUCUCAAUUAUCAUCAAUAACUAUUGAUCAAAACCAAUUAAUAUCGUUUUGUCAUGAUGAUGAAUUGUGCAAAUAUUUAAAUAAAAUGAUAAAAAAAUUAGAUUUAUAUUAUGACACAGAUCGCUCUACAUCGGCAUUCAAUAAUUAUGGUGAAUUAAGAAAGUUUUGUAAAACAUUUUCCAAUAUUGAAGAUCUUAGAUGUUACAUCGAUAAAAAAACUGAAUUUUUAUUUGUGUUAAGUCAGCUAUCAAAAUUAUCACAUGCAACAACUUUUGUGAAAACAUCAGAUAAUUGUAAAAUUGUUUUAUCUUGGGUUAAAAAUGAAUUAACGAAACUAAAUGUAAGCUAUAAUGUACACAAUUAUCGAUGGUAUACAAAUCGUCAACGAAUAUUGUCUUAUAUUCCAUUAAUAUUAUUUGAAUUAUUAUUUCCAUUAAUAUUAUUUGUAAUAAUUAUUUUUAUUUCUCAUUAUUUAUUUAAUAAUGAUGAAAAUAAUUCUUUAUUUAAUUUAAAUUCAUAUGAUAAAUGUUCUCUUAAUCCAUAUAUAAAUAAUAUAAAUACUAUAAAUAAUAAUAAUACAUUAAAUAAUGAUUUAUUUAUAAAUAAAUAUUCAACAAAAAUCAAUCUAAUUAUACGUUAUUCGAAUAAAUCAAAUGAUGAUGAUUAUUUAUAUAAUAAAAUAGUAAAUGAUAUUAUAUAUAAAUUAAAAGAAAAUAAUUCUUUAUUAUAUAAUAAAACAAAUAUUAUUCAAUGGAAUAAAUUAUCAGAAGAAUAUAAAAAAGAUGAUUAUUUAUUAAUCAAUUAUCUUAAUUCAAUUAAUAUAAUUAUUAAUAUUGAUAAAUUGACAUAUGAAUUAUUUUCAUAUUCUAUUAUUAUUAAAAUGCCACAAUAUAAUCAAUUUAAAGAAAAAUUAUUCUCGAAAAUCGAUUAUUCUUUUCUUCAUCGACAUCAACAUCCAGCUGAACAAAUUGAUUUAUUUAAAAAUUCUUAUCCUUCAUUUUUAUAUAUUAAAAUGUUUAUUGAUUCAAUAGUUGUUAAUAAAAUGUUAAAUGAAGAUAUAUCAAUAAUUGAUUCAUUAAAUUAUCGUCGAAUAAGUUGUACAUUAUAUCGUCAUCAUAAAACAAUUCCAACACGAUGGUCAUUCAUAUUUAUGGAAAUUUCAUUAUCAAUAAUAUAUCUUAGUUUUUUUCUUAUUAUAACUAAUUCAAUUAUUCAAGAAAAUAAUAAAAAAGUUAAAGAAAUUCUUAAAAUAAUUCAUAUUCAACCAUUAAUUAAUUAUUUUGCAUGGGCUUUAAGAUAUUUAAUUAUACUUUCAUUUAUUACUUUUUCUAUCACAGGUAACAUUUAUUUACAACUCGUUUUCUUAUAUUAA